AUGGUGACAACGCCCAUAUUCUACGUCAACGGGAGCCCACACAUCGGACACCUCUAUUCGGCGCUCGUGGCCGACGCCCUGGCCCGCUGGCACCGCAUGCUGGGCGCCUCCACCCUCUUCGUCACUGGCACCGACGAACACGGCCUCAAGAUACAAGAGGCGGCCAAGGGGAAGGGGAAGACGCCUGCCCAGUUCUGCGAUGAGGUGUCGGAAGAGUUCAGGAGCCUGAUGGUGCAGGCGGAUAUCUCCAACGACCAGUUCAUCCGCACCACCGAGGAGCGCCACAAAAAGGCCGUACAUGCGCUGUGGAAGCUGCUCGAGGAUCGAGGGUACAUCUACAAGGGCAAGUAUGAGGGAUGGUAUUGUGUGUCGGACGAAGCCUUUCUCACGCCGGUGCAAGUGGCCGAUGGUACUGCCACCAUCAAGCCAAGCGACACCGCUGGGCCAUGGCAACUGCUGACGACGUGGCGUAUUGAACAACCAGGAGUGGACAAGCAGGGGAAUCCGUGCAAGGUCUCGCUCGAGAGCGGGCAUGUGGUGGAGUGGGUGGUAGAAGAGAACUACAAGUUCAAGCUGUCGGCCUUCCAGAAGCCACUGCUUCGAUGGCUGGAAAACACAGACCAAGGCGGCUCCGUCAUUCCUCGCGUGCGAGCCAACGAGCUCUUUGGCCUUCUGCGGGAAAGGGAGUUGCAGGAUCUGUCCAUCUCGCGAAUUGGAAGCAGAAUCAAGUGGGGCAUCCCGGUGCCAAGCGAUGACGGGCACACCAUCUACGUCUGGCUCGACGCGCUCACCAACUAUCUCACCGCAGCCGGUUUCCCCUGGGACGGCGAGGCCUCCGCGGCGAUGUCGGUUCCUCCCUCGAGCGCGUGGCCGGCCGACUACCACAUCAUCGGAAAGGACAUUAUCCGCUUCCACACCAUCUACUGGAUUGCGUUCCUGAUGGCCGCCGAACUGCCCCUACCGAAGAAGAUCGUGGCCCAUGCCCACUGGACUGUGAACCGGCACAAGAUGUCCAAGAGUCUGGGCAAUGUCGUCACGCCUAAUGAGAUUAUUGGCAAGUACGGACUUGACCCCGUACGAUAUUUCCUGCUGCGCGACGGUGGCAUGGUGGACGACGGCGACUUCUCCCACGAGACGCUCGUCUCCAAGCUCAACAAUGAUCUUGCCGACACACUCGGCAACCUAUUUGCGCGCCUCACGGCCCCGAGCCUCAACCCAGCGGGCCUCGUCCCCGCGUGCGGCGAUCUCACAGCCGACGACCAGGCCUUCGUCGACCGAAUGCAGCGUCUCCCUGAUCGGGUAAGCGAGCACUACACCAACGUUGAGUUCGGGCCGGGCAUCAGUGCGAUCUUCGAGAUCCUCUACGACGCCAAUAAGUACUUGCAGGACAACGAGCCGUGGAAGCUGCGCAAGACUGACCCCCGGCGCUGCGAGACGGUGCUGUACGUGGCGCUCGAGGCCGCCCGGCUGUCGGCGCUCCUGCUGCAGCCCAUCAUGCCGCGGUCGGCCGCCAAGAUGCUCGACAUGCUGGGCGUCGCCGCCGACGAACGGAGCGCGCAAGCCCUCACCUACGGCCGGCAACCCGGCGCCAAGCUGGUCAAGGAGAUCCUCUUCACCAAAGUCAAGUGA